UCAGAAAAUACACCGUGGCAUAAGACCUAAUUUAAUAUAUCCAAAAAAAAAAAAAAAAAAAAAGAAAGAAAAGAAUAUGGGACGAAUGAUUUGUUUUUUUGCCCUGGUGCGUUUUUGUGCUGUCAUUGCUACACAUCUGUCGCCUGUUCCAUGUGAUGAUAAAAGCGUGAUGAAACUCGCCCGACUUGCUGUAAAUUACAUCAACGAGGACAGACAAGAAGGAUACAAAUUUGCCCUUAACAGACUUUUCAACGUGCAGGUUCAUCCACAGGGUCCAGCUGGAAAGGUUUACUAUCUAGACUUGGAUGUGCUGGAGACUAAAUGUCAUGUCCUCAGUCGAAAAUCAUGGAAGCGCUGUGAUAUAAGGCCCUUUAUGGAAACACAAAUCUCUGGGAACUGCAACACUACCAUACUACACACGCCAGAAGGCCUGUCCUAUCUCUACAGCUACGACUGCACUCUUGUACCAGACCCCCCUGAAAAGUUACAGAAGACAUGUCCAGACUGCCCCCUACUGUUGGCCGUGGAUAGUGACAGAGCCAUGUCUAGUGCUAAGAUCACUCUUCGCAGUUACAACGCUCAGAGCACUUUACCUGUACAGCUCACAGUGGCAGCUAUAACCCGAGUCUCUGACCAGGUCUCUCCAGCCGCAGCCAUUUUUGUUGAGUACACUGUGCAGGAAUGCUCUGUGCCACCGGUGGAUGAAGCUUUGUGCCUCCCUGCUGAUGCUGGGAAAGGGCCCAUUGGUUUCUGUGGUGGGGCGGUUUUUGGCGCUGAAGCUACCCCAACCGAUGUUAAGGUGUCCUGUGAAAUAUUCCACCCUCAGCACUCUUGGAAUUCUGUUGGCAGUGAUGCCGGCACACAGCAGGUGGAAAAGCCGAGUCCUCUCCCAGAGGUGCCAGCCCGUCCUUCAGUUCUUGAUCCCCCUGUCCACGCGUUUCAUGAAACCAAUCCAGGUGGACUGCUAGACCCUGUUCAGCAACCUCUUCCACACAACCCUAAUUCUUAUCAAUCAUCCAGUGAAUCCAGUGAGUCUUCUUCGGAGGAGGAGAUUGUUGGUUCAGUUAGAAUCGCAAGGCCUCCGCUAAACUUCCGCUAUAUUCCACCUUCACGCCAGAAGAGAGAGGGAACUGUGGCAACGAUCAGUCCUACUUUCCUGGCUGUGUUCCCCAGCAUACCGUCUCCUUUCCGUUCCUGCCCUGGAGCAUCUCGUUAUACCACUGCAUAAAAAUAAUCAGAGCGUGGUGGUCAUGACAAUUCAAACAAAACUAUGAGAAGUUAUAGACAGUUAUGACUAGAUUUAGCAGACAGAUCUUGUCUUAGUACUUUAUUCAAAAAACCCGAUGAAAUUGUGCAUAGUCCAUAAAAUGUAUACACAUUAUUAUAAGAUCUGGUUGCAACACUCAUAUUAUGUCUCUUUGAGAACAAGUAUAAUAAAGAAUCUUUGUGC